AAAAAAAAAAAAAAUUGGGUUCACUGCUCUUUCUGUGGAGAUGAUUUUUGGAGAGAGCCUUCCUUUUCACAAGAGUUUGCGUGUGGGUCGGCAGAUAAAACCACAUCCACAGUGCCACCACCACAUUCUCUCUUGGUCACGUGCAGUUUCCAUGUCACUGUUCAUGAAACAACCUCAUAGUCUCUGUAGAUACCUACCCUCGUCUACAUCUUUCCUAGGGAAAUAAAUAUGCUCUUUUGGUAGAGAGAUUGGCGUGUUGAAAUGGAACUGCAUGCAUGCUCGCUUUCCGAAAUUUAAACAAUACCGGAAAAACAAAAGAUGCAAGUGCCCAAACCCCAACCCAACAGCAAAGGGGAGGAACGAAAUGACGGGGAAAGAAGGGAAACGAAGCCCCACAACCCCCACCUGUGAUUUGCGAUUGCUUUUUCUGGGAAACAAUCUAUCAUCUAGCAUUUCUGCUGUUUUUUUUGUUGUUUUUGGUCAUUUCCUUCUUCUAUUCACUUCUUCCAUCCACAUCUCCUUUGUACCAUACCACAGCCCUACUCUUAUUGCUGCUGUCCUCCUUUCUCCUGCUACUGCAGUUCCUUUUCUGCUGGCCACCUUGGUUUUUUGGGGGCCCAUCAAACGAGGUUGAGGUCCUUCCCUUUUCGGACUUCCUUUAGUUUCUUUCUUUUAAGCCUCUGGACAAGUCUUUUUGCCUUCCAAGUUCCAUCACUGAUCGAGAAUUGGAAGAUUAAAAAGGAGUUAUCUUAUCGCGUAAUGGAGCUGGCAUUCAAUCACUGAACCUCUCUUUUGGACGCUUUUCAGAUUUUGUUUUCUUCUCUCUCUCCCCCUCUAUUUACUUUAUCCCUGCUCCCACUUCUCUCCCUUCCACUCAAGGUUCUACACUCGGAGGAAUCUCUCUCUCUGUCCAAAAAUGAGCUGCGUUCAAAAUUGGGUUUGUUGCCACAGGAAUCGGCAACUAAUCAUUUCCCUGCUCAUUCUCUUGGCUUCCAACUUCACCCAAGAAAGGUUCAUGGCUGAAGGUAGACUAGUGUCCAAGCUGGUUGGGGUAGUAGCUCAGACGUAUAAGGGGAGGGAGGAGAUGGUGGUGAUGAGAAAUCAGAUAGGCUCAAGGCCACCAAGAUGCCAGAGAAGAUGCAGCUCUUGUGGACAUUGCGAGGCAGUUCAGGUGCCUAUUGUUCCGCAGCUUCACAGCCACAGAGCAAGUCAUUUCUAUGCAGCCCCUACGGUUGAAUACUCCAGAGGCGACUACAUCUCCAACUACAAGCCCAUGACAUGGAAGUGCAAGUGCGGCAACGCCAUUUUCAAUCCUUGAUUGAUGUAAAACAAACAAGCAACGUGUUUGAGAACAAGAAAAAAUCACUUUUUUUGAACUGUGUAUAUGACAUGAUCAAUUCAACACCCUCCCUCUCCUACUCCAUGGCAGAGAAAUGAUAUGUAGAGUUGUUUUUUUUUUCUCUCUCUCUCUUCAAUUUCUUCUCUUCGUAAAUCACAUUGAACGGUCAAAUUA